AUGACUGAUGACUUAAAGGAGACAUUUGAUGGGUAUUUAAAUUUUGAUUUUUCGAAUUUUCAUAAUAUGAUGGCUGAAGCCUUUGUUAAUGAGAAUGAUGACCCGGCAGAAGAAAUUCAAGCCGAUUGUGUAAAGUAAAAGAUUAAAGGAAUUCCUGGUCCAUAUUUUCGAACACCUCAGAUUGAAUUUGAGAAUUAGGGUGAUUAGGCAGAACAUAUAUAUUACGAUCAAGACUCAGAAAACAUCUCCAAUUAUUCGAAAUUUAAUUUGCUGGCAAAUUUAGAUUUUGAAUUAGAAGAAGAGGAAGAAAUAUAGAUGAGGAAAAGUUCGAAAUGUACAAAGAAAAUAUCUCUAUUUUCUCCAUCAAUACACUUUGAAGAUGAUUAAAAAAUUACAAUGAUCAAUGUAUAAAAUAUAGACAUUUUAAAAGAGGAUUAUGAUUUAGAUGAUUUUUAUAAGUUCUUAACCACUUUAGAUUUCUUAAACGUAUAAAAUAAUUAAAGAAACGAUGAAUAAGACUAAUAAUAAUAAUCAAUAUAAGUAUUAAUGUAAAUACGAUAAUAAUUUGAGAGUUUGAUUGAAAUGUUCAUUAAAAAGACUCUAAAGUAUCAAUCUAUAAGCUUUAAUUCAAAAUUAAAUCAAUAUCAAUCAAUUUUGGAAUAGUUCAUCUCUAAAAUAAAUUGUAUAAUUGAUUCAAGAGACAGAAUCAAUAAUACAAAUUAGAUGAUUACAGUAGAAUUCUUUAAAGGACUUCAAUUGAUGGAAUUAUUUAAAGAAUUGCUGAUGUAAAAGUUCUUUGUUGAAUAGUAAAAAAAGAUGGCUUAGGCAAAAAAAGUACUCAAAUCUCAUUGGAUAACAAAAUACUUUUUGCUAAAAUCAAAAGGAUGUUAUGUAACAAUGUUCAAGAGAGACAAGGAAUAGAGGUAAUCUAUUACCAUGGUUCCUCAGCAAAUUGAUUGGGGUAAAUUAGAAUUACAAGAAACCACUUAUCUAUGUAGGAAUAAAGUAUCAAACAGACCAAUUUUCAUAGGAUUAAAUGAAUAUUUUAAAUAGGCAUCGGAAAAUAAGCUGACUGAAAUUUGCCUACGAGAUUAGAAGGUGUGCAUGUUUUAAGGAGUAAAAAAGAGAACUCAACAAACUCAUUAAAAAUACCAUGAAUUUAGAUCAGAAGAUGAUUAUUUUUACUAACAAAAGUUAUGA